UAAAGUCUCUCCCCUGCAAUCCUUUUUUACCUGAUAAGCAACAGCUCAGUUCAUGGGAGUUUAGAGGCUGUUAAGCAUUUGAUCGCAGCUGCCCAGGACUUGCAAUCAGCGUACUGGAGAAGCUCAGCAAUGGUUCGACGUGUGGCAGUGGUUGGAGCAGGCAGUUCUGGUCUGGCUUGUGUCAAGAUCUGUGUUGACGAAGGCCUGGAGCCUGUCUGCUUUGAAAGCAGCGAUGACAUUGGUGGCCUGUGGAAAUUUAAGGAGUCACCUGAGCCGGAGCGAUCCAGCAUCUAUCGCUCCUUGGUGGUCAACACCUCCAAAGAGAUGAUGUGUUUCAGUGAUUUCCCCAUGCCUGCUGACUAUCCAAACUACAUGCACCACUCCCAGCUGCUGCAGUACUUCCGGCUCUAUGCUGACCACUUUGACCUGCUCAGAUACAUUCAUUUCCAGACCACAGUACGGAGUGUUACACAAAGGCCGGAUUUCCCUCUGUCCGGUCAGUGGGACAUAGUGACCGUUAACAGGGAUGGAGACGAGGAGAGACACGUCUUUGAUGCUGUUAUGGUGUGUUCAGGCCACUACACCCAUCCAACCAUACCCCUGUCAGACUUUCCAGGCUAUGAGAUGUUUUCUGGCAGGUGUUUUCACAGCUGGGAAUAUAGAGAUGCAGACGCCUGCAGAGGAAAGAAGGUGGUGGUGGUUGGCAUUGGCAAUUCUGGAGGCGAUAUUGCAGCGGAGAUCAGUAGAUAUGCAGAGAAGACAUUUCUCAGCACACGCGAGGGGGCCUGGGUGAUCGGAAGGAUGUCCAAAAAUGGUCUCCCUCUGGACAUGACAUAUGUCACCAGAUACAAUCGCAUCCUCUCACUGCUUCUUCCCAAGACUCUGCUCAACCGGAAAGUAGAGGGAGCACUGAACCGCAAAUAUGACCACAGACUGUAUGGCCUGAAGCCCAGACACAGAGUUUUGGACAAAAGGCCUUUGAUCAAUGAUGACCUUCCUGGUCGAAUCCUUUUAGGGGCGCUAACAAUGAAACCCAAUCUGAAAGCAUUCAAGGGCUCUGGAGUUGUAUUCGAAGAUGGCACCGUGGAGGAGAACAUUGACGUCGUGGUCUUCUGUACAGGUUAUAAUGGAACCUUCCCAUUCCUGCCUCCAGCUCUAACUGAGGGGCCUCGCGGACAGCUGACAUUGUACAAGACUCUGUUUCCUGCUUCUCUACUACAACCCACGCUGGCCAUCAUGGGUCUUUUCCAGACAAAUGGACCAAUCAUGACCGCUGUGGAAAUGCAGGCACGGUGGGCUGUUAAGGUCUUUACAGGUUUGAGUCGUCUUCCACCGAAGGAGAAAAUGCUGGAGGUCAUUGAGUGUGAAACGCAGAGAUACAUAAAAAGCUAUCCGUGCCGAGGUAAGGCAGCUCUCCAGGUAGAUUACCUCCCUUACCUGGAUUUCAUGGCUGAGGAGGUCGGGGUUCGACCUAACCUCCUGAGACUGCUACUGAGAGAUCCUGUGCUCUGGAUGAGGGUCUUCUUUGGUCCAUGCACUCCUUAUCAGUAUCGCCUCACGGGGCCUGGACGGUGGGCCAGAGCCCGUCAGGCUAUCCUCACUCAGUGGGAGCGGGUGGCUCAGCCUUUCAGAACCAGACUGGUACCAGAACCAGAGAGCAGGCCUUCUUCUGUCCUCUUUUCUCCCUGGCUGCUCACAUUGGGAGGAACUGUGACGAUGGCUGUCCUUCUGUCUGAGAAUGAGAUUAUUCCCAUGCUGCAGGGUGCAGCUCAGAUUCUGGACCGGUGCAAGAUUUUCCUGAGGGACUGUUUGGUUCACUGGUUUACCUCAACAACGCAAUGAAAUCCAGUUUGUAACAUGGGAUCUAAAAAUCUUAUAUGUUGCAGUAGGAUGUAAAAUGUAGGACCAGACUCUGAUUAUAGAUCCACCUUUUAACAUCCAAAAUGAUCUAACAUGCAGUAAAAGAGAAGUUACUGUAAAUUUUGUGUUUGGCGUGUUGAGACGGCUUCCCACUUUUAAUACGGUAUAAUUAGUUUAAUAUGAUUUUAAUAAGGUAUAUGUAUAUAACAUGGGGUUAUAAUUGUGAAAGUAGUUUGCACUCCUCUGACAGGUGUGUCAGUUUCACAGGUCAGAGAAACCUCCACACUGUCAUCAUGUGGUGUGCAGAAAACCCUAAAUUGAGGCUUACCGAGGCAGGAAAAAACAUUUAAUCACAAUAUGUGUCCAAGAAAAAGAAAGUCCAUACAAACAUGAUGAGAUGAAAUAAAACAUGGUUUUACAUGAUGCACACAGGGGUAAACUUGGGUCAAGAAAAAAGUUAUGUCACAUGGUUCAGACAGACUUUUAUAAUUAGAAAUGUGGAGCUCAAGACAACAUUUUGGCCAGCCUCGUUUAAAAAAAAAAUGACGCACAGAUGAAAGACUGGCUAGAACGGACAGUCCUGAGGGGGUUAAAAGUUCACCUACAUGUCUGUUGAUGUGCAAAAGGAACUGUGUAGAAUAAUGAAUAAAAACAGCACGUUUGAUGUGCAAAUAAGCCCGAGUGGUUCUGCGGUUAUUUUACAACAGUCUGAUAUUGGCUGCCAAAAAUGUAACCAGAGGAUCUUCCCGUGCGUAAUUGUUGCUUGACAGCAAGCAACAUCACUCCAUUUAGAGACUGCAAACGGGGUGUGAUGUGCUUGCUCUCUGUAUAUACAUUUAUCUCAUGCACACGAAUUAAUCAAAACGUGGGAAUGAUUUAUUAGUUAGUAAAUCAAUUAAUUAUAAAUUGUGGCCUCAAUAAACAUAUUUUUUGUCUCUAUGACAAUUGAAUCAA